AGCUCACCCUCACUUUGAAGAAAAUAAUGGCCUCUGAAGCGAGAUACAAAUUAUUGUAUGAAGAAUAUGAGACAACAACAUUCGUUAACGUCCCCUUUGACAAAAUAGCAUGGGUGACUGUUGGUCUUCCCUUUGUUGCCUUUAUCUUUUGUGUUUUUUAUUCGGUCCUGUACAAUUUUGAAAGUGCAACUUCCUCUCAUUGUCACGUGUAUAAUGUACUGCCUUCGAUAUCAUCCGCAAUCGGAAACUUUUCACCGCAACGUGAAAUUUGGCAAUUUGCCGUUGCCCUACAUGCUCUACCACGUUUUUGCGUAGCUGCGGCAUAUUUGCAAUAUCAUAAAGAAGUACUAUACCCGUGGGCGUUAAGUAUGAGCGUGGUGGCGUGCCUGUUUAAUAUUAUUGAAAACUUUGCUCUAAUUAUAUUAUCAUUUUGGACGUCGUCCGACAAUUAUCCUGUUCACAAAGUGUCAUUUAUAACAUUUAUUGUUGCGUCCGAAUUAUACAUGCUGCUUGCCUGGCUGUUGAACAAGCGUUGCAGACGACACCAACGAAACAUUGCAGAGACUAAGAGUUUAAAAUGGAAAAAAAGAUUGGUGCUGUUUAACAUAUCAUGUAUUGUAACCGCCACAUACUUUUUUAUUAGGCAUAAUAUGUGGUGCGAAAACUAUGUGUAUUCGUUGUUUGCAUUUUUUGAAUAUAUGGUUGUACUGUCCAACAUGGCAUUCCACAUGAUGGCCAAAUUAGAUUUUAAGGAAAGAAACCUAGUCAUUUCAAAAUCUGGAGUGUCUCUACAGUACGAUCGGUAGCAAACGAUUACUUAGGUUUAAUUGUUAAUGUAGUUUCAGUAAACAAUUGGAAUUUAACACAAAAUUUUUAUCUACUGUUAUAUUCAUGGAGGGAAGUUUUAAACUAUAAAACAAUUGUCCAAUUUUUUCUACACUAUAGCUAAGAUGCCUGUGGUCACUAUUGUAAUCAGAUCAAUAGCAGCUGCCUCUUAAAAUGCACCAUGGAAACGAUGUAAUAUGUUUUAGUGUAGAAAAAUCUUCUCAUUUUAUAUUUCACAAUUUACCAAUGCACCACAUUUAGGCAUAUUGUAUAUAUUGGAAACUUAAAGUAUAUUGACUAAGCCUUAUUGUUAAGUCACCUGAAGUAACUAAAUACUUUAUAAUUUUAUAUGUAUAUAUUACAAUAUUUACACGCUCAUACAUGUAAAAUUGUUCGCAUGCCAUUUACACAUGUAAACGCUAGUUGUAAUAAAUGUCUCUUGGGAGAGUU